AUGCCGGACAAGAUUGAAGACAUAUACAGGCAGAUGUGGUCGAAGCUUGCCAAAGAUAAAGGUGAUCCUCGACCGGCACGUACAGCUCUUUACUUCAAGAGGUGCAUGGUCGAGAAAGACCGCAGUCAGCAGUAUUUUCUCAAUCUACUGCUUGUUGCACUGCGGUCGACUGAUCAUAAACUUCACCUACCCGCCUUUGAAGACAACUUGAUCGACAGACUGGGUUCUCUGCUUAGGACCUGCGAGUUUAUCGAAGAAAACAUCGACAACGACUCCCUGGGCUUUAUAGAUAGAGUCUACAUGGGCGAGGAGGCGGCAGUGCUAUUUAGGAUGCAUAGGGAAGGAUAUAUGGAGACCAUAGAUUUCGAGCCUGUAAAUCUGGUUUGGGGCAAUGAAACCCACAAGGGCUGUGAAGAGCUCAUCAGAUACGCAAACGAUGACAUGGUAUUCCGCUUUGUUCACCGAAGCGUCUAUGAUUUCCUCACGGACACAAAAGAAGGAACGAGGCUCUUGGACCGUUGUCAGCUGUCCAUUGAGGAUAUACAUGAGAAGCUUACCGAGGUUAGCAACUUGCGCUUCAGCACAAGGCCUGAUGACGCCAGGGAAAAGCUUGUGGAUGCAUUAGCAACCAGAUUUGAGUACUGGACCGACAGAAUCGUCCUACUCCAUGGGCGCAUACAUCCGGCAGAUAGGGUUCAGUUUCAUGAGGACACAUUCUCAAUGGUUACGCCUCUGUCGAUUACGCUGGCAGAAGGUAUCAACGCCUUUUACGAAGACACUUACAAGCAACGUCAUACCGGCAUGGUUCAGACGUCCAGACCCGCCUGGACUUAUUUUCUCGCCCGUUGCCAAUUCUUUCUGGACGGCGAAUGCUCCAUUCAUGAUGAGAUUCUGCUAUGGAUUGGGCACCCCGAUUCAGAGGCGUUUCAAACCACUUAUAAAGCUAAAGCCAGAUUCCUAAGAUCAUACGUUGACCACAGAUUUGGGCUAUACGGCAUGGAGAACCAAGACACGAUAGCGAUAUGUGUGUUGAGCUUUCCAAUACCAUUGGUAUUGCGAUACAUUCUCCAAGCACUCAAAUGCUGGGAACCUACCUCCUGGGCCAAGGACCUGCCUGCGUUUGCCUCGCUAGAGAAAGUCGCCAUGUCACAGGACGGCAUAGCGAGCCAACAUAAAACGGCCGAGUCUCCAGUUCAGCCUUUAAUCCUCGUUAACAAGAGAAUUCACGAUUUGCACGAGGCGGAGAGGUAUUAUGAAGGUUAUAUGGAAAGAAGCUUUACCAAAGUCACGGACCAAACAGACCAAGUAAUUCUCAGGGACCUCAUCGUGGGCUUUCUGAAGGACCCCAAGAGUGUGUUGGAUAAGCGUAAACAUCAACAGCCAAUUAACCAAUUGGCUGAAGCGGAUGGACGCUGUGACGAGACGCCUGUAAAGCUCGAACAACACCUUGUCAAAGCGGGCUAUUUACGCGUGGGUCUAGCUGGCCUCGACUAG